AUGGACCAACUUGCCACACACAACAAGAUGCUUGAGAAUCAAAUUGCUCAACAGGCAAGUUCUUCAAGCAAGGCUAUUGAAGCACUCUCUCAAAUUCCAUCCUAUCCCAAGUUCCUCAAAGACAUUUUAUCAAAGAAGAGAAGGCUGGAGGACUAUGAAACUGUUGCUUUUACAGAGGAAUGCAGUGCCAUAUUACAGAACAAGCUGCCACCAAAGCUCAAGAAUCCAGGAAGCUUCUCCAUACCUUGCCUUAUCGGUAACAUGAAUAUUAACAAAGCCCUCUGUGAUCUAAGUACAAGUGUGAGUCUGAUGCCUUUGUCAUUAUGUAAGAAGCUUGAUGUGGGGGAACUUAAGCCUACAACAAUUUCGUUACAACUGGCUGAUCGAUCUGUGAAAUACCCUGUGGGCAUUCUAGAAAACAUCCCUAUCAAGGUGGGAAAAUUCUUUAUCCCAAUUGAUUUUGUUGUGUUGGAAAUGGAGGAGGAAGUCCAUAUCCCUAUAAUCUUGGGAAGACCUUUUCUAGUAACUGCUAGAGCUAUCAUAAACGUUAAGAGCAGGCUGCUAACUCUCAAGGUAGGAGAGGAAGAAGUAGAGUUCAACUUAUUCAAUGCAAUGAAGCACAAGCUUAAACCUGAUGAAUGCUUCAAGGUUGAUGUGAUUGAUAAGCAAGUUGAAGAGGAAUUCAUUAAAGCACACCCUGAAGACCCUCUAGGAGCAUCCAUCAUGCACAGCCUCACAGCAGAGAAGGAGAACACGAAGAUUAUAGCUUGUGUGCAAUCCUUGACAGUUAGUCCAUCCCCACUAUUAGCUCAAGUUUUUGCUAUAGAAGAGUUAAAGGAAGAACAACCCAAGGGCAAGCUCCAGGAAAACACCAAAGAGGACCUUCUGGAAAAGCAAGGAGCUGGAAGCAAGAAAGGAGAGAAAUCAUCAAGUCAAAACCACAUAAGAGAAAAUUGA